UAAUUUUAUGGUCAACCUACGAUUUUGUGUCAUGGUCAAUAAUGCCGCGUAUCGUUUGUCGCCGAUGACUUAUUUUAAAGUGGGUUAAUUGAAUGCGGAAUAACUUCUCUAGAUAAAGGAAACUAUGGCAGAUCCGACGGCAGAAAGAUUUUCUUUGAAAUGGAACAAUUUUUCAAAUAAUUUAACUGCUGGUUUCUUAUCGCACUUGACCGAGAAUGAUUUGGUCGAUGUAACGCUGGCCGUUGAAGGAAAAUUACUACAAGCCCAUAAACUGGUUCUGUCGGUUUGCAGUCCAUAUUUUAAAACCAUAUUUAAGAAUAUACCGUGUCAACAUCCUGUAAUUGUAUUAAAAGACAUGGGGUACGCGGAUGUGGAAUCCCUGCUGAAAUUUAUGUAUCAAGGAGAGGUGAACGUGAAGCAAGAAGACUUAGCAUCCUUCCUUAAAGUCGCAGAAGUACUCCAGAUAAAAGGACUGACCGGAGACGAGACCAAAUGCGAGGAGGAACCUAGCGAAGGUGCAGUUCGAUCUUCGAAGCAAAAAUUCGAUAUCCAAGCAGAGCCCCUUAAUAGCAGCCCCGUCGGAGAUACCAAUGUUACACAGAGUGCUAUAAACAAUAACCAAUUGCCCGAAGCUUCGAUUAAAGUAAAAAGGUCUCAGGAACUCGACGGACAAGUGGCACAGUCAUCGAAGAAGUGCAAGAUGUCUGCAUCUUCUACGAAGGAACUGGAUGCACCCGUUCUCAGUCCACAAGCAGUCAUCGCAAAAGAGGAGCCCCUAGAAUACGAUGACGACGAAGAUGAUAGGACUUUCUUCGUUGAUGACCAGCUUGGCCACUUAUCGGAGUCAGAGAAAACCCUGGACGAAGGGUCGACCAUGUUGGUUCAAAAUGACGUCAAGGAGAAGAACCGACUGAUGUUCAACAACUUAUCAGAUGCACCUUCCGUAGACGUAGAUUCUGCAGUUCCAGCUAAACGAGGCGGAAAGAGGAGUGCGGCUUGGGGAUAUUUUCAAAAGAUUGACAGCCACACCUCGAGGUGCGAGAUGUGCGGGAAAUUUUUCAAAACCUCCUCGGGCAGUACCUCUGCGUUGCUGAGGCACCUGAAGUUGCACCCGUCCUUCUCGCAUAAUAGCGAGUUCGGGGCUUCUGCCGUUUGUGCGGAGUGGCCGGGGCAAUCUGCAGCUGAUCCACGACGGUCACAUCUACACGGUCCAUUGCCGGGUGGGAAGAAAGACUUAUUGGAAGUGCAUCUAUCGCUCGGCCCUCGGUCGUUGUCGGGCCCGAUGCCACACAAAGACGGGCCGAGUGAUAGUCUCGAAGCCCGCCCUACCGGCCCACGAGUCUCAUCUCUAUAUGAUACAGUCGCUCCAUCUGUCGGGGAACAUCGUGUACAGAAACGAGUAUUAGGACAGGUCGUAUGGUAGUCUACAGGUUUGUUCCUUUCGCCCACAAUUUCCACGAGUGGUGUCUCUCAAAAGUAAGUUCCACUAUUUCAAAUCCCUAUGCGCGCGCAUCGACGCUAGGUUAGCCACGCCCCCGUUGCCAUGGAGACCCCACGCGCUCCUGACGCCGAUUGUGAAGUUCGUGGGGUUAUUCCUUUCACGAGUGGUGUCUCUUGAAAGUAAGUUCCACUAUUUUUUUAAACCCUUUUGGUUUAUGGGAAACGUUUGAAAUCUCCAGAGAAUAUUUGUCUGGGUGUAGGGCAAGUUCUAUAAAAUCCCUAUGCGCGCGCAUCGACGCUAGGUUAGCCACGCCCCCGUUGCCAUGGAGACCCCACGCGCUCCUGACGCCGAUUGUGAUGUUUGUGGGGUUAUUCGUUUCACGAGUGGUGUCGCUCAAAAGUAAGUUCCACUAUUUUUUUUUAACCCGUUCGGUUGGCGGGAAACGUUUGAAUUCUCCAGGGAAUAUUUCUCUGGGUGUAGGGCAAGCCCUGUAAAAUCCCUAUGCGCGCGCAUCGUCGCUAGGUUAGCCACGCCCCCGUCGCCAUGGAGACCCCACUCGCUCCUGACGCCGAUUGUGAAGUUUGUGGGGUUAUUCAUUUACUUCAUGUAUAGAACGAUUUAGCGUAUUAAUUUUCUACGUAAUCAAUGAAAAAUUGUACAAUCAUUAUUUAUGACAAAUAAUUAUAAGCGAGGCUAAGAUGUUAUAUAAGUGUAGGUCGGGAAUUCGGCGGGAAAUUUGAAAAGUGAAAAGACCAACAAAUAGGAAAAUACAAAGUUUGUCCCAUGAUCUCAACGUAAUAUAAAUAGAUAUAAUGAUUAAACAUUUACUUCGUGUAUAGAACGAUUUAGCGUUUGUAUUUGGUAUGUAAUCUUUAAAAAAUUGUACAGUCAUUAUUUAUUACAAAUAAUUAUAAGCGAGGGCAAGAUGUUAUAAAAGUGUAGGCCUGAAAUUCGGCGGCAAAUUUGAAAAUUGAAAAGACCAACAAAUAAGAAAAUACAAAGUUUGUCCCAAGAUCUCAACUUAAUAUAAAUAGAUAUAAUGAUUAAUACAUUUUCUUCGUGUAUAGAACGAUUUAUUGUAUUAAUUUUCUAUGUAAUCUUUGAAGAAUUGUACAAUCAUUAUUUAUUACAAAUUACAAGCGAGGGUAAGAUGUUAUAAAAGGGUAGGCCGGGAAUUCGGCGGCAAAUUUGAAAAUUGAAAAUACCAAUAAAUAGGAAAAUAUAAAAUACCU